CUCACUUGCCCCACGCGCUUCAUCCUCGUAGCUGAUGUUGCUGAGAUACCGAGAGACUCAACUGGAAGAUGCAAUAAAUAAAAACACCUGCAACAUGAAGAAAGUCUUCACUGCAGAACAGAUUUCGGAUUGGUUUACCUCGGGGACGACGUUUGCUAACAUCAAACUCACAGAAGAGGUGUUUGACAAAAAGCCGGAUGAAGCAUCGUCGAAAGAGACCAGCCCGUCAGAGGUUCCUGAUAAGAGCAGCCCUAAAAAUGUAAAGUCUGAUGGAGGGAGGUUUCAAAAAACAGAAAAUACAAGGGGUCCUGCUCCUCCUCCACUUGCAAGCUACGAGUAUCCCAGCUUGCCCAUAACCAAGAACAGACAAAAGCUGAUUUCCCUCAUAGAAAACAACUCUGUAGUAAUCAUUCGAGGAGCCACAGGCAGUGGCAAGACCACCCAGUUGCCACAGUACAUUCUCGACCACUACAGUGAGAAAAAUGCCUCAUGCAACAUUGUGGUCACCCAACCACGCAAACUUGGGGCCAGUAGCAUCGCCCGAUGGGUUGCCACACAGCGGAAGUGUACCCUGGGUAGUCUGGUGGGAUAUCAGGUUGGACUGGAGAAGAUGGCUACUGAGCACACUCGGCUCAUCUACAUGACUACAGGAGUGCUGCUGCAGAAGCUGGUUUCAGCCAAGUGCCUCACAGAGUACUCCCACAUUUUUGUAGAUGAGGUUCAUGAGCGCACUGAAGAGAUGGAUUUUCUCUUGCUGGUUGUGAGAAAACUUCUCCAUUCCAACUCCUGUUAUGUCAAGAUCAUCCUCAUGUCAGCCACCAUUAACUGCAAACAGUUUGCAGAUUACUUUGGCACGCCAGUUUGUGGCAAAAGGAACCCGGCCUACAUAUUCGAAGUAGAGGGAGCACCUUUUGCCAUUGAGGAGUUUUAUCUGGAUGACCUCAAAGAUCUGUUUCCAUACAGGGUUGAGUCUCUUCAUCCAGAUGACCCUCACAUUUCAGUGGAGAUGUACAAUCUCGCCAUCGCUCUCAUCCAGAGCUUUGAUGAAAUGGAGGGCAAAGAUUCCAGCAGCAACACAGAAGGAAAAGGUGGCAUGACUUCAUCAGAGCGGGGCAGUGUGCUGGUUUUCCUUCCUGGUCUACACGAGAUAAGCUACAUGCAUGAGGCCUUGUCCAAACUGGUCCACAAAAGAUUGCAGGUUUAUCCUCUCCACUCCUCUGUGACUCUGGAGGAACAAAACGGCGUAUUUCUGUUCCCUGUCCCUGGAUACCGGAAGGUCAUUCUUUCUACCAACAUCGCUGAGAGUUCUGUGACUGUUCCAGAUGUCAAAUAUGUGAUUGAUUUCUGCCUGGCCCGUCACUUGGUCUGUGAUGCAGAUACCAAUUAUCAGUCUCUGCGUCUCACCUGGGCAUCCAAAACAAACUGCAACCAGCGUCGAGGUCGAGCAGGUCGAGUGUCUAAGGGCUACUGUUACCGUCUUGUUACCAAAGAGUUCUGGAGGAAUGAAAUCCCAGACUACAUGAUCCCUGAGAUGCUGCUUGCCCCAUUGUCCACCAUCAUGCUGAAGGUGAAGCUGCUGGACAUGGGAGACCCCCGCUCCAUCCUGUCCACAGCCCUCUCACCCCCCAACCUUGGUGACAUUGUGAGGACAGUGCUCCAACUCAAAGAGAUGGGAGCACUGUCUGCAAAAAGUGAUGGGAAGGGUCACAAUGAGGAUGGUGAGAUAACGUUCCUGGGCCGAGUGCUGGCCCACCUGCCUGUGGACCUGCGCAUGGGAAAGAUGAUCGUGCUGGGCCACAUCUUUGGCUGUCUGGAUGAGUGCCUCAUCAUUGCUGCCUCGCACUCUCUGAAGAGUUUCUUUGCCAUCCCGUCCAUGCAGCAGCUUGCUGGCCACAGGAGCAAGUUGGCCUUUGCCCGUGGCACGCCAAGUGAUUCCAUUGGAUUUGUCAAUGCCUUCAAGGCGUGGCACUUGUCCAAAAAGAAAGGACAGCUGAGACACCCAAAGGACGAGUUGGACUGGGGAAAGGAGAACUUCAUUCAGAUCAAGAGGAUCAGGGAGGUUGCAGAGCUCUACGAGGAUCUGAAGAAGCGUGUGUCCCAGUUCAACAUGCAUGUGCAGGAGAGCCCUCAAAUCCUGGAUUACACCAGCCAAAACAGGCAGAAGUUCAUUCUCCAGGUGGUCAUUGCUGGUGCCCACUACCCCAACUACUUUGUCCAGGGAGACAUAGAUGAAGACCUGGCCUCCAAAGAACUGAGCGGAUACAACCCCAGAACAACAGUGUUGGUGAGGAACCUCCCUCCAUACCCUUUCCUGUAUUACAAGCAGCUGCAGUCUCUGUUUCGCCUGUGUGGACAUGUCAAAUCCAUUUCCUUUGAGAGCUCCAGAGCCUAUGUGGAGUUCUACAGGACGUCCCAGGACUCGGGGGUUCUGCCCGAGGUGUCUCUUGCCCUCCUCCUGGCACAGCACAGUCAUCGCAUGGAGCUGUCCGUCUUCCCCAACGAACAAAUAGAAAUCUUAGCUGGGGGCAAAAACAUAACUCACAUGAAAUAUGCACGGGUGAAUGUGGACUUCCAGAGCCAGACUGUCUGCCCGGUGGGAGUGGUGAGUGGGACCAUUGACCCAGACAAGAUACCACCCUGCAACAUGUUUGUGGUCAACAUCACAGAGGUGGUGGAGGUGGGUCAUUUCUGGGGCUUCCAGGCGGAUGAAUGCAGCAUGGAGAAGAAGCGCCAUCUGACAGCAGAGAUAAACUCCCGUACGCUGCACCCUGUAACUGUGUCACUCUACCCCAACCUGCUGUGCCUGGCUCCUUACUCUGAGAUCAGUGAGCAGAGCAUGUACUACCGCGCCAAGAUCCUGCACAUGCGUGGCAACAAGGUGGAGGUGUUUUUCUUGGACUUUGGCAACACGGCGGUUGUUGCCUGCAGCAGCCUCAGGGAGCUCCCUUCUGACCUCCUGUCUCACCCAUUCCAGGCGCAGGAGUUCCAAGUUAUUGGAAUGCGUCCUUCAGCCAAGUCCAUCAUCCUGGGCAACCAGUGGAGCAGCCGAGCCCGCGACCGGUUCAUCACACUGGUGAAGGGCCGUUCAGUCAUCGUGUCGCUCUACUCCAUACUCCAUGGUGUCAUGCGUGUGCAGCUGCUCAUCAACACAGACACAACAAACCCCAGCGUGGUAGACAUCUUGGUGGAAGAAGAACACGCUGUGAAGGCCGAAGAGAGCUUCGAUUCCAAGCAAAACCAUGAUACACUGAUGUGCCUGUACAAGGACAUGGAAAAGGGGACAUAUGUCGCCAACGCUGCCAGCAGCUCCUGGAACGAACGCAAGAAAGAGGAGAAGCAGCUCAUCGACAACCUGCUCGCCCACUUUUCCAAGAGCCGCCAGUCCCAUUCCAGGGCAAAGGUCAAUCUGCAUGGACCCAACAGUCCUCACAAGAUAGUCUUCCACAGCUUGAGCCACAAGAACUUCUACAAGACAGUGUCUAUAGAGAGAAGCAGCAUCAACUCCCUGGCCCUGAAUGAAAACCCUCAUUACAAGCAUCAGAGGAUGCUGGUGGCUGGGACUGUGUCAGUCAACUCCACAGGGACACGUAUUCUGCUGAGAGAUACCUCCAUCAUGCCAGACAUCCCAGGGCUGCCUGCACUCGUGACCAUGAUUUUCACUCCUGUUAUGGAGUUGCGCACUGAUGAAGAGAGGACCUGCUACACUGGCGCCCUCUGUGGCUUGGGCUGGAAUGGUCAAACACAGGAGGGCAUCCUCCCCGAGCACGACAUCGAACUCACCUUCGACGUCAAGUUUGAUGUUGAAGACAUCACUGAGAUAAAUGCUUUGCGAGUGGCUAUAAACCGCCUGGUGUGUGAAGGGCCCAAUGGCACCAUGCACCUGGGGCCUGACAGGAUCCACCACCUGCAGGAGGACUGCCGGGACCGCCUCAUAAGGCUGUUCACCAAGUCACCGCCAAGGGAAGCUGUCACACCAGUGUACUUUGAGAAACCAGAGAAAUGGAACCAGGUGGAUCCUGCUCUGAAGAUGGAUAUCGCCGAGCCUGGAGGAGGAAAGACCAGAGGUGUUCUCUUCCAGCUGCAUCCUGUCACUCUCCUCAACAGCUAAAGGAUCUGUACUGUACUUGUUGCAUUUGCGUUCAGAUGGAAUCGAUUCUAAUGUUGCACUUUAAAGAGUUGCCUUUUUAAUUUAAUUAUGUUCAGAGGAGUAUUUGUUUUAAAAAAGAUGGGGCUGUAGCUUUUAACUGCACAGCAAAAUCCUCAAUCCUUUGUUGUUUAGAGCUACUAUUUUAGUAAUUAUCCCCUGUUAAAAUCAGUCGCUGCUGGUAAGAAAAUGUGACAGUUCUUCGAUGAGAUUUGUCCUGUGCAGCUCUUUGUAAAGGCACUUCAGCAGUGAGCCAUUAAAAAUAGUUGUUUGCAACAGAUGAGGCUUGU